AUGACGGACCAGUAUCUUCAAGAGCAGCACGCAUAUCACAUUGCACGGAGGGUGCAGAGGGAACGAGAACUUGCGCAGGCCAGCUUGAAUUCUAAUCAUCAGUCUAGUUGGGUCAUGAUCAGGGACAAUGGCAACAUUAUUCCCCUGGACAACGAACGCAUAAGGCAUAGGACGAAUAAGAUCAGUCUCGAAUUGAGUGUCCCGAAAGCCCUUCAGCAAGGCCGAACGCCAUUUUCACACAAGAGCGCCGAUGGCACCGCUUACAUUACUACGAGACGAGUGAUCUAUAUCCCUUCAAAACCAACCGAAGAGUUCAAGUCGUUCCAAGCAUGGAUAUUGGACUGUCAGGAUAGCCAUGUUGGUUCGCCCCUUUUUGGUGCAUGGUACUGGUCGUCCAUUGUACGGCCAAGCCCGGGAGGCGGCGUUCCGCCGGAUCUGCCACGUCUGGAGUUGAAGCUCAGCUUCCGCGAGGGCGGUCACACUGAGUUUGGGCAGAAAUUCGAAGAGCUCAAAGAGCGCAUGGAGCACGUCAGGCGGCUACAGCAGGAGACUGGUCAGACAAUCAACAUUCCUGACGAGCCGUUGCCAGCUUACGAGGCGCGAACCGAGGGAACAACAGGCGCACCCAACCUGAGCGCCCCGUUGCCUGCUUCACUGCCACGAUCUGCCAGCUCAGCGAGCCAGAAUCAGCGACCAAAUGAGCCGCCACCAGGUUAUGACGAGGCCCAGGCCCAGCAGAUCGGCAUGCGGCUCGAGAGUCACAUACGGGACGGCGCUGAUCGUUCGUAG